AUGCAACAAAACCCGCUUGUUGCUGGGUCAGAAGGAUUAAAGCUGCUGGAUGCCCUGGACGGUACUGUCAUCUCUGUUGCAUUGACUAGCGUUGUUGGAGGACCACGUAGUCUGUGUCCCUUGCCAGCCAUUGAUGGUAGAAUCAUCUCCGGUGGAACUGAAGGUCUGCUGUAUACAUGUAGUUUGGACCACACCAAGUGCAGCCCAGUACCGAAUAAGGAAGUCCGUCGAUGUUUCGUCAGUUCAAAGUUGCAGCCUGCGCAGAAAACUAUCAUCGCCCUCGUCAUCUCCCCGGAUGAUCAUAACUUGCUUAUCGCAGGCUGUCGUGGCGGAACGGUCAAAGUGCUGCGUACAAAUUCUCUUCUUACAACCUUUCAGCAGUUCUCUGUGCUCAAUCCGACCAUCGCGGGGGAAAUUUCCAAUCCUCAACAGUUGACUGGCAUGUGUAUGGCAUCAGGACCAGAUUGGCUCUCGUCUUUGGAGGCCCCCGCCAACCUACUAGUUCGGAUCAAUCAAAGUUCAAUACGGAAGAUAGAUCAAGAUCGCCAAACAAAACAUUGUGUCUCAUUGGACCGCUUAAGCACCAUUUUGGAUGACAUUUGGAUGACUUGGUUCGAAUUCGCCUCCCUUCCACAAACGAACGCUACGAUUUAUCUCACCACUGGGCCGGCAUCUACAUGGAUUUUUAUGAAAUGGCUAGUGGUAUUGUAG